UAUGCUUAAAUAACAUUUAAAGGAAAAUAUAUAAAUGGAUUAAAAUAAGGAUAAUGGGAUAUUUUGUAUUAAAAUGAUAAAAUGUAUAAUUGUAAUAUUAGAAUUAUUAGUGGUGGAGGUAAUUAUAAUAAAGAUGGAGAAAAAUAAGGAAGAUGAACAGAAGUUCAUGAAAAUUUUAAUUUAUAUUCAUUCAACAUUUUGGAUGAAGGAAAAUAUAUGUAAGGGAAAAAAUUAGGAUAAUGAAAAAUGAUAAUAUAAU